AUGAAGGUGUCUUCCCUCCUCCUGGCCGGCCCCCUGGCCAUGGCCACCAUCCUCGCCUCGGGCCCCACUGCCGCCCUCGCCGCCGACACGGCCGCCUCGCAGCGCAACGCCGGCCCCCUGCCGAUGCAGGGCGUGUCGCGCACCGCCGCCGAGAAGAACGCGCAGAUCAGCCGCCCCAAGGUCGCCCUCCAGCGCAGCACCGCGCCCUUUGUGCCGCGCUCGUACAUUGUCGAGCUCGACGCGUCGUCGGCGUCAAAGUCCAACGCCGGCAGCAAGCGCGCCGCCGCCGUCGACCACUUCCACGAGCACCUCGUGGCGCGCGGAAAGAAGGACAAGUACACGACGCGCUACGAGUGGAACGACCCGCAGCUCUUUGUCGGCAUGUCGGUCACCCUCGACUCGGACGACGACCUGCACGUCCUCCUCUCGGCGCCCAACGUCAAGUCGAUCCGCAGGAACACGCUCUACAGCCUGCCCGCCUUUGACCCCGUCCCCGCCAGCGACGACUUUGUCCGCACCUCGGUCGGCUCGCAGCCCGCCGCCAACGCCAAGCGCUCCCCCGCCUCCAAGGGCGAGGCCGGCGUCAAGGACACCUUCAGCCCGCACGUAAUGACCGGCGUCGACAAGCUCCACGCCGCCGGCUACUUUGGCGCCGGCCAGACCGUCGGCGUCAUCGACAGCGGCAUCGACUACACGCACCCCGCGCUCGGCGGCAAGCCCGGCAACCAGGCCUGCUUCGGCCCCGGCUGCAAGGUCAUCGGCGGACACGACUUUGUCGGCGACAAGUACAACGGCUCCAACACGCCCGUCGCCGACAACGACCCCUUUGCCGACUGCCCCGGCUCCGGCCAUGGCACCCACGUCGCCGGCACCAUUGCCGCCAACGACACGACGCUCGGCUUCACCGGUGUCGCCCCGCACGCCAACCUCCGCGCCUACCGCGUCUUUGGCUGCGGCGGCUCGGCCUCGGACGACGUCAUCAUCUCGGCGCUUCAGCGUGCCUACUUUGACGGCAACGACAUCCUCUCGCUCUCGAUCGGCGGACCCGGCGGCUGGCUCAACUCGGGCGGCGCCGCCGUCGCCAGCCGCAUCGUCGACCUCGGAACCCCCGUCGUCAUCGCCCAGGGCAACGACGGCGCGUACGGCACCUACUACUCGAGCGCGCCCGCCUCGGGCGGCGGCGUCGCUGCCAUCGGCUCGGUUCAGAACGUUCAGCUGACCGGCUACACCGCCAAGGUGUCCCCCACUGGCCUCGGCAAGGACGCCAUCACCUACCUUGUCGGAUCGCCCUUUACCUUUGCCUCGGGCGCCAAGCCCCAGCUCGAGGUGUACGCCACCAGCACCGACCCCGAGAUCAAGGACGACGGUUGCGCCCCGCUGCCCGACUCGACCCCGGACCUGUCCAACAAGGUCGUCGUCGUGGGCCGAGGCACCUGCCCCUUUGCCACCAAGUUCACCAACGUCGCCGCCAAGGGCGCCAAGUACGUCUUUAUCUACAACACGCCCGCCCCCGCCUCGGUCACCUACGUCAGCUCCCAGGUGCCCGGCCAGCAGGCCGCCUCGCUCACCCGCGAGGAUGGCCAGUUCCUCGUCAAGCAGUUUGCCGCCGGCAAGAAGGUCACGCUCGACUUUUCCGACCUGCAGUCCAACACUGAGCCCGACACGGCCUCGGGCGGCCUGAUGAGCAGCUUCUCGACCUACGGCCUCAGCAACGAGAACCGCCUGCUGCCCCAGAUCAGCGCGCCCGGCGGCAACAUCCUCUCGACCUGGCCCAUCAAGCUCGGCAAGUACACCAUCAUCUCGGGCACCUCGAUGGCCACUCCGUUCAUGUCUGGCUCGUUUGCCGUCUACCGCGCCGCCCACGGUGGCAAGACGUCGCCGCAGUCGCUCCUCUCCAUCUUUGGAUCGACGGGCGCGCCGCUGAGGCAGAGCAAGGCCGACUCGAGCGAGUACGAGACGCUCGUCAAGCAGGGAGGCGGCCUGACCCAGAGCUUCGACGCCUUCUACCAGGACAUCGAGUACUCGCCGCGCGCCAUCGAGCUCAACGACACGACCCACUUUGUCGGCUCGCACCAGAUCACGCUCAAGAACACGGGCAAGAAGCCGCGCACCUUUAGCCUCACCCACCAGGCCGUCGGCACCGCCAUCAGCAAGAAGGACGGCACCGACGUCUUUUUCAACGACGGCCCCGUCCCGCUCACCAGCCAGUACGCCAAGGUCGACAUCAGCAAGAAGAAGGUCACCGUCUCGCCCGGCGGAUCGACGACGUUCUCGGUCAAGGUGACGCCCCCCUCGGGCCUCGACGCCACCAAGCUGCCCAUCUACAGCGGCUACGUCGUCCUCACCCCGGCCGGCUCCGACUACACCGGCCUCCGCAUCCCCUACGGCGGCGUCGUCGGCGACCUCUCGUCGACCAAGAUCCUCGACGACAGCGCCGAGCUCUUUGGCGUCCAGCUGCCCUUUAUCGGCGACUCCAACACGGACCCCAUCACCGACGACUCGCACGUCUUUGACCUCUCGUCGACCGACGCCUCCAAGAACCCCAAGCUCUACCUCCGCUUCGUCUUUGGCACCCCCUCGUACCAGAUCGACGUCGUCCCCGCCAACACCACCUUCAAGCCUACCAUUGCCAUCAACGACUCGGGCUCCAAGCAGCGCAGGAAGCGCGCCAUCGACCUCGCCCUCGCCGGCGGCCACAAGGGCUUCAACGUCGUCCGCCGCCAGCACGCGCAGGUCGAGAGCAUCGAGGCCGCCGCCGACAGGAAGCAGAUCGCCGAGGAGCAGAGCCAGACGGCCGACGCCGCCGCCGCCGCCCCCGCCUCGGACGCCAACGCCAAGAAGGGCGGCAAGCCCGGCAAGCCCGAGAAGCCCGGCAAGCCCACCACGCCGGUCCCCGUGACGCCGCCGACCAAGGCCGGCGACAACUUUGCCGACGUCGGCAUCGUCGGCACCCUCUACCGCGAGCAGUGGAUCGGCCGCAACAGCGACACGGGCCUCGCCGACGACUACUCGUUUGUCGCCGUGCCCCUCACGCGCGACCUGGCGCUGCCCCAGGGCGGAAGCGUCACGCUGCCCGACGGCGAGUACCGCCUGCUGCUGCGCGCCCAGAAGGUCUUUACCCAGGGCACCAAGGAGGCCGACUACGAGAGCUACCUCUCGCACAAGUUCACCGUCAAGUCGGCCGCCCCCGCCGCCUCGACCUCGAGCUCGGCCGCCCCCAGCCCCACCCCCAACUAG